UAGAGAAGAAAGAGAGGAGAGAAGAGGAGAUGCGAUGGCUGUGCCUCUGUAUAUAUAUAUAUCAACAAUCUCUACCCCUCUCCUCCCAAAAGGGCUCACAACACAACUUGCGUAGGUGAGAGGAGAGGAGAGGAACCCUUUUAUCAUCUACCUCUUAACUUUAAUCAACUUGCGCUCUGCCACUUACAUAUACAAACAAUACUUACUCUGCCGAGCCCUCAAGUCCACAAGUUUCUUGAGAGAGAGAGAGAGAGAGAACUUCUUAAAAAGGUGAAAUCUUGAUACGAUUCUGUGCUGGGCUCUCUCUGCCUCUCUCCCUAAUGGCGAGCUUUGUUAUAUCAGAAUGUGGGUUGAAGCCGCUUCCAAGAAUCUAUCCCAAACCAACAAAUGGUCACUCUUUCUCUAGCUAUAAUUUGAGAAUUUCAAGAACUAAUCAGUUUGGUUCUUCAUCCUCCUUAUCGAGUGGGAUUAGUAAGGAACGGAAUUGGGGUUUGAGAGUGAGUGUGCCAUUGAGGAUUCAGCCGGUGGAAGAAGAGAGGGAAUUCGACCCGGCGGCGCCGCCUCCGUUUAAGUUGUCUGAUAUAAAGGCGGCGAUUCCCAAGCAUUGUUGGGUGAAGGACCCUUGGAGGUCUGUGAGCUUUGUGGUGAGGGAUGUGGUGGCUGUUUUUGGGAUGGCUGCGGCCGCCGCCUAUUUCAACAAUUGGCUUCUUUGGCCUUUGUACUGGUUUGCUCAGAGCACCAUGUUCUGGGCUCUCUUUGUUCUCGGUCAUGACUGUGGCCAUGGAAGCUUUUCAAACAAUCCCAAGUUGAAUAGUGUGUUUGGCCAUUUUCUUCACUCUUCAAUCUUGGUGCCCUACCAUGGAUGGAGAAUUAGUCAUAGAACUCAUCAUCAGAACCAUGGACAUGUUGAGAAUGAUGAAUCUUGGCACCCUCUACCUGAGAAGAUUUACAAUAGCUUGGACAGUAUGACCAAGAAAUUGAGGUUCACAUUGCCUUUCCCUAUGUUGGCAUAUCCUAUUUAUCUGUGGGCACGAAGUCCUGGGAAGAAAGGCUCUCAUUACCACCCAGACAGUGGUUUGUUUGUGCCAAAUGAGAGGAAAGAUGUUAUCACGUCAACAGUUUGUUGGACUGCAAUGGCUGCUUUGCUUGUAGGACUAUCUUUUGUUAUGGGUCCGGUCCAGCUUCUCAAACUAUACGGUGUUCCUUACUUGGGUUUCGUAGCGUGGCUUGAUCUCGUGACUUAUUUGCAUCAUCACGGGCACGAAGAUAAGCUCCCUUGGUACCGUGGAAAGGAAUGGAGUUAUCUGAGAGGCGGGCUUACGACACUUGACCGUGACUACGGGCUGAUCAACAACAUCCAUCACGACAUAGGAACACAUGUCAUACACCAUCUCUUCCCCCAAAUCCCACACUACAACUUAGUAGAAGCUACUGAAGCAACUAAGGGGGUUUUAGGCAAAUACUACAGGGAGCCGAAGAAGUCAGGCCCUCUGCCAUUCCACUUGGGAGACCUUGUGAGAAGCAUGAAGAAGGAUCACUACGUGAGUGACACUGGCGACGUCGUCUAUUAUCAGACAGAUCCUCAACUCAAUGGAGGUCAAAAAUCUUAAACUGUGAUGAAAAUUUUAUAGAUUCUUUUACAGCUGCUAAUUCUUUUUAGCUGUUAGUGAUUACACUGGUCUGAGCUCAUACUGCCUCACAUUCUGACCUUUGGAACAGAGAGGGUUUUGUUUUUUUGGCAAACACAAUUGAUUUUUUUGCUUCUUUACUUUGAUGGAGCAACCCAUAUAAGUAUAUAUUUGUCCAAGAAUCGGAACUCUUUUCUUUUAUUUAUUUAUUAUUCUUUAAUCUUCUUUCUGGGGACUUCUUGUUCUUGCACAUGAUAUUUUUUCUGCAGUGGACUGUUAUGGCAUUCAACAUUGUACAUGUGAUGGAAUUACAUAUAUUACAGAUAUCAUAAGUACUACUUCUAAUUCA